AUGGUUCAGUUCUUUGAAACGGAAAACGAGUACAAUCACGACUUUGCCACGGCUACUUUGGCAUACCUCAACCGGUACCCAAAUCCAUAUGCCAAGCAUGUGCUUUCAAGUGAUACAUUGCUGCAAGAAAUUGAUAAAGACGGGAAAUUACGGCUCACCCGGGUGGCUGUGAAAACCGGAAGACUCCCUAAUUUUAUCAAGCCGUUCUUGGGUACUCUGUUGGACUCCUGGAUUGUCGAGAAGAUCAUUAUUGAUCCUAAAAACCUGGUUAUGAAAACUUACAAUUCCAAUAUCGACCACCAGAAAUUCAUCCGGGUAGAAGAAUAUUUGCAUUAUACUGCUACAUCUGCCAAUACUACAAAGGUAGGGGGUAAGGUGAAGUUCUCAUCCAAUUUCAUUGGCUUCAAAAAGAAAAUUGAAGAUUGGAGCAAAAAACGGUUUACAGCAAAUUUGAGUAAUACUCGUAUGGGAUUGGCCCAUGUUAUGAACAAUUUGCAACAGCGAAGAUGGCAGAGCCGAACAGCUGCAUAG